UCAACGGCACCCGUAGGUGGUACAGCGAAGAAAGACGUGUACCUAAUCUGACAGUGAUGCGAGUGCUUACGCUUGGUCUCAGUUGUUUUCCCUUCGAGCGAUAAGACACUAAUGAAUUCACAGGAGCAUGCCAUCAGACUUAAAGUUAGACUUCGGAGAUUGUCAGCAAUACCCUGCGAUGGAUAGCGAGACAGGCAUGUUCUCUAUCGACCAGGGAGGAGAGUGGGACCUAAGCCUGUUCGAUGAACUGGAUAACCUGGGGGAUGCGGAUGAGCUGCUCGAGGCCCUCGAAAGCGGUGCCUAUGCAAACGGUGGUCAUCAUCUGGAUUUUGAUAUCGACAUUCCUCCUUGGAAUGAAACGGACACAAGCAGCACCUGCACAGAUGGCGAGGUGAGUGUGGCCUCUCUGUCCCCUGCCCACACUCUGAGCUCCAUCCCCUCUCCUGCUUCUGUGGACGCCCUGUCUCCCUCCUCCCUACAUGAUGAGGCCCUGUCCCCACAGUCGCAGCUUUCCCCAAUUUCUAUUUCAUCCGAGUCCAGUGGCUUUUCUGAAAUCUCUCCGCCACCCAAGAAGGCUGCAAAGAGGAGCACUCAGGGGACACGAGCUAAACCUGCUCAGCCUGCAAAGAGGCCAAUUCAGAUAGGCCCAAAGGUCUCCAUCCAGCCCAAACCGCUGAUUGCAGCCAUGCCUUUGGGUCCUGCAGCAGCUCCUUUGCAGGCCAAGACCAUCAUCAUCCAGCCCCUGCAGACCACUGUGCUGCCUGUGGUCAAACCGGCUCCGGUAAACAUCCAACCAGCGCCCCCACCAGGUCAUCCUAUUGUGUUGUCUCAGCCGAGCCAGCUACUCCAGAUCCAGACACCACAGGCCGUCUCCGCUAAUGUGGUCGGUGUGCCGGCACUCAGCCAGGACAAGCCUGUUCCGGUAGCCGCCCCCCCACUGGUCUCAGUCGUGCUUCGAAGCCCUUCCUCAGACGACGACUCCAAGCUGUCCCAGAAGCAGCAACGCAUGAUAAAGAACAGGGAGUCGGCCUCGCUCUCUCGCAAAAAGAAGAAGGAGUAUCUGCUGUCGCUGGAAGCUCGUCUGAAAGUGGCGCUGACCGAGAACGAGGCGCUCAAGUGUGAGAACGGCAACCUGAAGAAGCAGCUGGAAGGCCUGCUGAGUGAGAACUGUGUACUGAAAGCAACAGCACCCAAGAGGAGAGCUGUGUGCCUGAUGGCGGUCCUGGUGUUUCUGGUGCUUAACGUAGGGCCAACGAGUUUGUUUUGGAGCAGCUCCGUCUCCAACCUGGACGUUGCUGCCACGCAGCACGGAGGCAGACACCUGCUGGGUUUCACACAAGAGGCCGACUCUGACGUGGUGACGGGUCCCGAGCUCGCCGGCAGACCCUCCGAGGUGCCAGACAGAUCUGAGGAUAAGGCGCUGAUGGUUGUAAAAAGUCCCAUCUUUCUCAGACCUCCUCCCCCCUGCCAGCCUUCUGUUAACAGGACCAAGUGCAUUGAGUUGGCUCAUGAAUUGAGGGGCUGGGUCCACCGCCAUGAAGUACAGCAAACCAAAUCCAGACGCAUGAGUAACGGCAACCCUAAACCCAUCAGAAACAUUCUGCAGAAAACGGAUAAUAAGGAGGAUGACCUCGUCCAAAUUGUCACAGUCCCAUAUGGGGAGAAUCCAGAGAAAAAAAAUCCAGGCAGUGAGCUGCAGGUUUACUACGCGCCUCAACACACCUACAGCGACUUCUUUGAUGAGCUCAAUCGUCGCGCAGACACUUUCUACGUGGUGUCUUUUCGCAGGGAUCAUCUUUUACUUCCUGCCACUAACCACAACAAAGGAAGUCGACCCAAGAUGUCUGUCGUGUUGCCAGCCAUGAACAUAAAUGACAGCAUCAUUAAGGACCAAGAGUUCGAGGUGAUGAUGCAGAUCGACUGUGAAGUAACCGACACCAGGAUCCUCCACAUCAGGUCCUCCAGCAUCCCACCUUUGCUGCGGGUCAACCAGACGGACACAUUUUACCGGCACGCCCCAACCGACAGCAAGCCUGCGCCUCCAGUCGGCGUGCUGAUGGGGUCAUCUUGACAUUGUCCUCUGCUCCAGGCUUCUUUGUAACUCUUCAGCCAAACUCAUUAAUCGAUAAUCCAAGACAACUCCUCAGUUAACAAUUUUUUGGAUAUAGAAGGAUAUUGUAAAUCCAGUGUGUUGCCACUUAUUUUAUAUUUGUGAUUUGAAUGAAGGUGCUUUGCAGAAUUGUACAACAAUAGCCCCUUUUCCAACAAGAGUCCCGGGAUUGAAAUAUCUAAUUUUUUUUUUUUUUUU